GUAACUUUCUACUGUUAAUUUGUUUCUCUCUCCCAACGACCAGUAGCUCCGCCCUCUAGCUUUGUUAGGGUUUGUAAAAAUUUGAGCUCAGUCAUGGACCAUCAAUGGCGUCCAAUGCCUCCUCAUCCUCCCUCUCAAGGUAACAUCUGUCCUAUUUGCUCAAAUUCUCAUUUCCCAUUUUGCCCUCCUCCUCUGCCUCCUCCUUUCCCUCUAUAUAAUCAAGUUCAAAACCCUAGAUUUCCAUCCCAUUCGGAUUAUCAGCAACCUGACCCGGCCACGUACGGAAGUUAUAAUAAUUUCGAUUACAGAGGAUUUGGGCAGCCGCAAAUGUAUGAUUAUAAUAAUAAUGAUGGUGAAGAUAGGAGAUAUAAGCGACCUAGGGUUGAUGAGAAUAUUAGCCUAAUUUCAUUGGAUAAUGAGCGUAGGUUGAAGCUAGUACGCGAGCAUGGUGGUGCUUCGAGUGGUAAUUUUACUAAUAUGAGUUAUAAUAAUGUAGAUAUGAAUAUUCGUCAUCAAUUUGAGUAUUCCCAGAACAGAGAACCUGCUCAUGCUGAUCAUAGUCUUAAUCUGAAUCAGUUUAAUGAUUCAAUAAUGUCGGCAAAGUCUCAGUAUUUUCAUAUGAACAAUCAUCAUCAGCCUCCACCUUAUGGUUUGUCUAAUUAUUAUCAAUCCGACAUGAAUGAUCAAGGAGGUUGCUUGCCUCCCCACGAAAAUAGGGUCGUAGGCGACCAGCAUCAGCAUCCUACUCUUCCGCCACUGCCGCCUCUUCCUGCUUCACCACCACCUCCUGUUCCAUUGGAACCUCCAUUGCACCCUUCACCACCACCCCCGCCACCACCACCACCGCAACAACAAACCUCAUUGUUUCCAGUUCCUAUUAGUUCCUCAUUAACUAAUUCUUACUUGCAAACUAAGCCUUCAACUGCCUUUCUUUCCGAGGAAUGGCAAACGUCAUCUGUUCCAAAGCAGUUCUCUUCAGAUAAGCCAAUGGUUAUUGAUGCCUUUCGAUUGUUUAAGCAGCCUUAUCGGGCUACGCGUCCUGAGCAUAUUGUGAUAAUCCUUCGAGGUCUUCCAGGUAGUGGUAAGAGCUACUUAGCGAAGAUGAUACGUGACCUUGAAGUUGAAAAUGGUGGUACUGCCCCACGAAUUCACUCAAUGGAUGACUAUUUCAUCACUGAAGUUGAAAAGAUUGAGGAGAAUGAUGCUUCAAAGUCUUCUGGCUUUGUUAGAGGCAAGAAACCAACAGUAAAGAAGGUCAUGGAGUAUUGUUAUGAACCUGAAAUGGAGGAGGCAUAUCGAGACAGCAUGUUGAAGGCUUUCAAGAAGACGCUUGAGGAGGGACUUUUCACUCUUGUUAUUGUGGAUGACCGCAAUCUGCGGGUAGCUGAUUUUGCUCAGUUUUGGGCAAUUGCAAAGAGAUCUGGCUAUGAAGUUUACAUAUCAGAAGCUACAUAUAAAGACCCUGCGGGCUGUGCAGCUAGGAAUGUCCAUGGUUUUACCCUAGAUGAAAUAAAAAGCAUGGCUGGGCAGUGGGAAGAAGCUCCAACAUUAUAUUUGCAACUGGAUAUCAAGUCGUUAUUCCAUGGGGAUGACCUGAAGGAAAGUGGAAUUCAAGAGAUUGAUAUGGAUACUGAAGAUGGAACCUCUGAUGAUAAUUCAUCUGGAUCACAGGAAAGAAAGGCUGAGAAGAUGAGAGCCUCUGCUUUCGAGGAUGAUGCACCCCAAGUUCAUGCUGAAGGCAGAAAGAGAUGGGAUGCUGAAAAGGACCAUCCAGAAGGAGGCAUGAAAGAAUUACUUAAAAGUAAAUGGUCACAUGAUUUAGAUGAAGAUGAUGCAGAUAGAUCUGCAGGGGCGAAGAGCGACGUAAGUGCUCUUUCUGGGUUAAUUCAAGCAUAUGGGAAGCAAGGAAAAUCUCUGCGCUGGAGUGACCAAGUUGGCAAUACUGGAUUUUCUAUAGGUGCAGCAAAGAAAACCAGCAAGUCUUUAGUGAUUGGACCAGGUGCCGGAUACAAUUUGAAAUCCAACCCAUUACCUAAAGAUGGAGGUCCAACAUCAACUCGAGGGAUUGAGGAGUUGAGGGGGCAGAGUGUUUUCCAGGAACGACUCCGAGCGGAGCGUGAGUCAUUUAAAGCUGUUUUUGAUAAGAGGAGAAGGCGAAUUGGUGGACUUAAUUUGGAGGAGGAAUAAACAUAGAUUUUGGAAAAUUCCACCUUCAAGCCGUUUUUGAUACUCAAUUUUUUUUUCUCUAAAGGAUUCACAUCAAUCUUGUCUGUAAUAGUUAGUUUCAGGAGAAAAAAGUGCAGUUAUUCGCCCUGUAUUCGUGUAAUAUAAGCAUAAUCACAGCUAUUUGAUUAGUGGAAAUAAAAAUGGCGUCGAAGUCUGUGACUGCUUGAUGCUAUUUUUCUUGUAAUGACAAUCUUAUGCAAAGUGGAUUGAGAAACAAGAAAACUUUGAGAUGAUUCUAUUGGGCCUGAUGUAUAUAGUGAAUCUAAAAGGAUGAUUUUAUUUUGACAA